AUGGGCUUCCCAGAGAACAACCUCAACGGACGCAGCGAGGUCAUGGUCGUCUCCUCAGAGUCGGGUCCGCCGCGCCUCGACCUGGCACUCACCAGGGGUCGCCGAGGUACCUUUGACAGUUUCGACAGUGACUUGGAACGGAGUUUCUACCCUCGCACGGCACGCUCGUCCAAUGAUCUCUUCACACAGGCCCUCGGCAGGGCGGACACGGCAGAUGGCGACUCCGAAUGGGGCGCAGUCCGCGCGAGAGCCAGAGGCAAUAGCGACAGAGAGGGCAUGGCAGACCUCAUCGAUUUCCUCAGGACCACGUCGCCGCCGCCGGAAUUCCCUCCACAGUCCGUGUUCGACGAGGAUACUGCCGAGCCGCAAGAACAGUCCGAGAAAUGGGGGCUCCUCAAGAAGCUGCGCCGCCCGCGUACGCGGGCGAGAUCCGAGUCGCCUGCCCGUCGGCCUCUCACCGCAGGCCUUCCCAACUCUGCCGUCGCGUCCAAGACGGCCAGCGGCAACUCGCAUAUCGCAAUUUCCAUUCCAUUGGAGUACUGCCACGUAGGACCGGAUUCCGAUUGGGCCCUCGCAAUCUUCAACGCCACACCGCCGCUCCCGCCAACUCCCCCAGUGCGGAGCAGCGACGAAGAAAACGGAAAUGGCUUUGCCAGGCCUUAUGCCAGUGAGCGCUCGGUCACUGUUCUCAAGACUGUCAGCGAGAAGGGGUCCGUCUCGACCCUCAGCACCGUCAACACGACGAGCACCCGAAGGCGAGCCAAGGGCUCCGUGUCCAUCUGGCCCAAGAUCAACUCGACUCCCAUGAGCCCACCGAGGACGCCGUACACCACGCCACCAGGAAGUAUGCGUGGGCAUCCUUCGACCAAGACGCAUCACGAUCGCAUGCCCCCGCCCCCACCACAGUAUGCCGAACUGCCCGCAGAUCCUGUUCCUGCAGGCAGAAGGCCCAACGGCAGUCUCGACAAGGGUUUCGUCUUCGCCAGGGACGAAAGCUCUCUGUCACAGGCGACAAGUCGAAGCCCACGGAAGCCCAGGACCAAGUCAGCCUCUAAGCGUCCCGAAAACAUUACCUUGCCGUCGCGCAGAUCGAGUAUCAAGAUAGUGAGGCCUCGAGAGGAUCCUCUACUAGAUAGCCAACGUUCGAUUGCCGGAUUAAUCGGCGGCGACUCGCGGGGCCAGAAUGCAGCAUGCGACGCACCCCAGCUUAGUCCUGCUGCCCUCUCAGAGUCGUACUCCAUUAGUCCGAGUAUCGCGACAACAGAGCUAUCGGAGCCCGUGGUCUCAAGCGCGCGGUCCGCAAAGGCUUACUCCAUGGCGUCCAUCGUGCGCCCAGACAUGCCGUCCGCAACACCUAGACAGUCGUAUAUUGCCCGGCCGGGAAGCAGCGACACGGCGCAGACCACCUUGGUCGCUGAGUCCGUGGCCUCUCGGAACCCGUCAACGAGGACCUCGGCAUCGAGACAGAGCCGAAAAGAGCGUGUGAAGUCUCUCAAGCAGCGGGACAUGGAGGCAAUCAAAGCUAUGGCGAAACAGGCGCAACAUGACGAGGACGGUGAGGUGACUCCGAGGCCGAGGACCUGCGACACUGCCAUUAGUUCUCUACGGCUUCCUUCUCGCGACGGGACCUUCGGCUUCAAAGGCCAUCUCCCUGUCCAUUGCAUCGAGGCGAAGCUGUCUGCCACGAACCUAGCCAGCAUGUCCAAGUCGCACAACAAGUCGCCAGCUGGUCUUGCGAACGGCACCUCGGUCAACAUCUCAAACUGGCAGGCCACUCAAGAAGCCGAGACACCGGGAUGGGAGACUGCACGAGAAGAGUUGACGCCUGGCUGGGAGACUGCCCAGGAGACCCCGACGAUAAACUGGGAAAAAACGCCGCUUCUGGCCGAUAUGACGGAAGAUUAUCAAAGGAUCUCGAUCGCCGUGGGCAAUGGCGACGCCAGGGACAGCACGAUGAGCUCCGAGCCUCCCCGUCGGUGGGGGAGUCUUCACCGUACCAGCUGGGCGAGCUCGGUGCCGCUCUUGGAUCGCAUCGGCAGUUUCGCGCCAUCCGAUGCGAGUGACGCACACUUCGCGGAGAUGGACGGUAGCUGCCCGCAUCCACGCGGGACUCGGAUGUCGCGUGCCGACUCUGCCACGCUCUCGUUGACGGACGCGCAUCGGUUAUACUUGAACCGCUUCAGCUUCUUCGACUCUGACGAUCAGGUCCGCGUGGAUUCAGCCGAGGAUGACCAGUCCAUCGCUGGCAGCAUCGCAGCGUUCCCCAAACCCGGCUCCGGCGCCGGCCCUCGCUUGAGCGCCAUCAUGCCCGUCGCCGAGGUGAUCCCCUCGCUUUCCGUUGACGAGAGAUGGUCGGCUUCGACUCUAAACUCGCCUAUGACCGUAAUCGAAGUUUCACACUCGCCCUUCGCCGGCAAUCAGACACCGCGGCAGGGCCCGACGCACGUCGCUCGCCCGUACACGGUUGGUAACAUGAACCCGGCCCUCCUCAGCGUUUCCAGGGACCAAGGGCACGCCAGCGGGAGCAGCAGGCGCGAGCCCGCGCUUCAAGCCGGCGGCGCGGACGAGACGGCGACUCUGCGCCCCAAAAGCCGUCCUGGGGAAGAAGACUCUGUCGGGUUCCUUAACACGUCUGCCCGCGAGCUCCGCAACCACUACGCCAACCUUCGAAGCGCACGCGUCAAUGACCUUGCACACGAGAUGCUUUUGAACCAAGAGCGUCUCGAGAUGCGCAUGCACCAGCAGGAGCGCAACCAGAUGCUCUUCAUCGAACGGCUCGAGAGGUGCAUGAGUGAGCUCCGCGGCCUCCCUGACCACCCCUUCCUGGGCCCCCGCCCGGUCGAGUGGCCGCUCCACGACGAGGAGGAGGACUACAUCUACGAGUCACAGCGCAGCAGCCGCGAUGCGAGACACGACGUGCGUGUUUGCAGAACGGGCCGGCCACUCGGUCACAGCCGGUCGCUGCAGCAACACCAACAUCAACAGCAACCCGGGUCGCGGCGCUCCUCCCGUCGGACCGUGGACGACGUCGCAGGGGGUUUCGACGAUGUAGACGGCGCCUGCGCCGAGCAGAGGUCGAGACGGCCGUCGACGUCGCACAGCAUGCCACGCAGGGUCCGGGCCAGCCGGCAUCAGGCCGUUAUGACGGCGCCGUUGACGAUAUUAGGCGAGCUAGACGCCAUGAAUCCGCUGAUCCGUGAGCUGCAGCUGGCAUCGAGGGUCAGUCUUGAGGCGGCGCAGGCGGAGAGGACGGAGGCGUCGCGGGGCCGGCAUUCGGAUGAUUAUCGUUACGACAUCAUGUAA